AGGGGAAAAUGAGGCAAAAUGGGCACUUUCAUUCAAUGACACAAAUCAAGGUGUGUCCCAUAGAAUGCACCUGUAAAUUCUACAUCAAGAAAAAAUUGUUGGUUAGCCGCAAUCAGUUGAAACUAUUUUUUAAUCCAGAAAAACAGUAUUUUUAGGGGAAAAUGAGGCAAAAUGGACACUUCCAGUCAAAGAUACAGAUCGAGGUAUGCUCCAUAGAAUGCACCUGUCAAUUCUACAUCAAUAAAAAAUUGGUUGAUUAGCCGCAAUCAGUUGAAACCAUUAUUUAAUUCAGAAAAACAGUGUUUUUUAGGGGAAAAUGGGGCAAAAUGGACACUUACACUCAAUUCCGGUGAAUGAAACUAUCACCAAUCGAUUCCUUGGCAUUUUUCCAUUCGGAAAAGAUGGGCUUCAAAGAUCGCAACCAGCCGCAAUAAUUAGGUGCCUUUUUGGGUCGGUUUUUCCCACUGUGCGUCGCGUCGGAUCGGAAUUGGUCAGUUGAUUUGCGCGGAUCACUAGAUGUUGCGUUGGGUUUCGCGCGCAGUCCUAGUCGCGGCGUGACCCAGAAUGGACACGUUCCUUUUCGAUUGGUUUGCAUUUUGAAUUUUGAAUCGUGCUUCUUCCAGUAGAACCGAAUGCAUACCUAAGUAUUUAAUUAAUCGUUGUGUGUCUUGUGUUAGCGUGGCGAAAACGCUUGUGAUAAUCGCAAUAAGCUGAUAAACAACAGUCGAAGGAAUUUCCAAGAUAAAGUGUUAAGAUUAGAUAAAACACAGCACCUUCUUGAACCGGUGAACAGAAAACCUGAACAAAAGCUUCGUAAUCAGUUGGUGAUCGCAUUUGAGGUCGUGAAGUCGAGUGUGAAAUUGGUUUGAAUCGUGUUGUUGGUACGCCAACGGAAUUACAGUACCUACGUGAUGACGGUUUUAAGUUCUGGGGAAUGUGAUGGUGCCCCGGCAGCAGCACCCCCACCACCACCACCACCCAUCAUCAGUUCAGCGGCAUCGCCAAAGGGGGCGACGUUACCGCGCGUCAACAACGGCCCUAAGGCAGGUGGUCCAGCAGAUCCGAACCUUCUGAUGGCCGAUAUCCGGAAUGGAGUUACACUGAAGCCAACCAAAACUAAGGAUAAAAGCACCCCGGCGUUUAUCAAGAAAUCAGGCGGUGCCAACAGCGGUCCAUCUUCGCCACCGCCCGCACAGCUCAACGGCAACGAUGACGACUCAUCGAUGGCCGGCGUGAAGGACGCCCUCCAGGAGGAAUUACGAAACACUCUCAAACGAAAGGUAAAAAAGCAGGACGUCGAACGAGGCGACUGCACCAAGAAAGACGAAAUCGAAAAAUCUAUGGAGAUUAAUCGAACCGAGGUUCAGCUGAAGGUGAACACCAGUGGGAAGAGUUCGCCACCGAUCGUGGCGAAUAAGGAUACACCGGAUGCAGUUAUUGUUAAGAGCAACGGAGUUCAGAGAGUGCCUAGUAAAGUUGUUAAAGUCAGCAGUGCUUCAAACGGGGUAUCGGUUGCUGCUACAGCUCAUAUCAAAACGUCUCCAGUCUUGGCGAAGAAGGUUGUGCCAACCGUCAGCCCAAGCAAGCUCAAUGGAGUACCGCCAACUUUUGUGAAAACACAACUGAAUGGUAAUGCAGGUAAACCACCGGUCGUUGUGAAUGGAAACAAAUCGGCAAUCAACCAGACAACGAGUCAAAAUUCAGUAACAAAUCCAGCUCCACCGAAGCCGGCGAGACUUCAGCAAAGCAAUGUGCUAGAUAGCUCCAAGCCAGUUAGUUCUAGUAAUGAAUCAUUAAAACAACACAACCCAGUGAAAGUAGAUAUCAAGCCAUUUGAAGGCUCAACAAGAGUGCCACUGAAUGGAACGCUGAGGAAAGUCAGCCCUCAAAAAGCCCUAACGAUUGACAUCAACGUUAGUCAGGAUGACCGACUGAAGAAUACUAUCUUAUCUCCGGACGUGGUGAGCGGAAACGCAGCGAUACGACCGUCGCAGAUAAAAUCGCUGACUCAGAAAGGCGGUCACGUUUCUCAUACCGACAUAGUGGAGAACCCCAAACCAGUAGGCAAAAGCCCGAUUUCACUUGUGGAAUCCCCUCCGUACAGCUACACGCCUCCCACCCCCAAGAGUGUCAGUCCGGCAAGCAGUGGCCAAGCCUCCCCGCGAAUUUUCACUAGAACCACAAUUCUUGAUACAAAAAUUAGCAAAACUCUACUCUCACCAGACCCGAAUGCUCCCCAGAAAAAGCUCAUGAUAUCCCACCCGAAGGCCAGUUUCACCCUAAAGCGCAACAGUCAGCACAAACCCGAGAGUGUCCACCCAACCGAACCCAAGCCAGUCUUCCGAAUUCUGUCAAACCUCGAACAAUCCGAACGAGCGGAAACAGAACAAAAGUAUAACACGUUGCCACGGCAGCACACGAAAAGGGAUCCACCCGUGCCGGACACACCCGGAGUGGAGCCCGUUCUCAUCUCGCACGUGAGCUUCGCCAAAGAGCUAUCCAACGCGCCCAACAACUAUCCGGAUGUGGUCAUGAAAACCACCACCGUCGGUGUCGUGAAGCAGGAUCUAUUCCUCGACAGCACCAAUCUACGUGAUAUUAAGAUCGAUAUCGUCGGCGGAGGUGGCCAAUUGAAGGUUGUAAAGAAGUAGAUUGAACAUGCACACAGAGAGUGCGUGUGCCGAAUAGUUCCGAUAAGCACAGUCAGUGUAGUAGGUAUACGUUUAAGACUGAGAAAAUGCGUAGCAACGUGAUUAUAGAGCGGAUGGUUUGAAUUCUAGCACGCAAAUGGGUGGGUUGUGUUCGAAUGCUUCCGUGGGAAAGUGAUUGCAAAUCACGAAAAUACAUGCAAAGUUCCAUAUAUAAUUGUUAGGUUUAGGUUUCGAAACAGCAUACUUUCAGUCACUUUAGUUUAUAAUGUUAUUGUUAAUUGUAUGAAAUAAAGGAAAUUUACAGAAUA